UUUAAGCCAUAGUUGUGGCAGAGUCGUGCCAUGUUAAACACAAAAAUUGUGCUUUACAAACUGUCGAUCGUAAAAUUGUUAAUAAUAAAAGUGAAUUGAGUGUCGGCGUCGCUAAGUGCGAUCGCGUGUUGCUCGUCGAAAUGAACAAAACCAUUGUGAAGAGUGAAGAUCCGGAUGAUAUUACCAUGACACCACAAGAACUCCACAUACUUUCAGAGCUUGACAGCCGAUCCUAUGGUCACCUACUACUUAACAAUCCCGAGAACGCCAAACGCAAGGGCUUAGUUAUAAAGGCUGUUAAGUACCUGCAACUUAUGGUAAUUCAGGCCAGGAGGCAACAGAAGGUUCAAAUUGAUAACGACAAUAAAAGCACUAAAAAGAUUAGCAUAGAUCCUAAAACAUGGGUGAAACUAGGGCAUUUUCAUUUACUAUUAGAAGAGCACAGGAAAGCACUAUCCGCUUAUCAAAUGUUCUACACGGCACAAGCGGAGAAUCACUGGAUGGAUUCCACGUUUUUAUACGGCUUGGGUUUAGUUUAUUACUUCUUCAAUGCUUAUCAAUGGUCAGUCAAAGUUUUCCAGCAGCUGCUGUACGUCGCUCCGGGAUUCCAAAGGGCCAACGAAGUGCACCUUAGGUUAGGGUUGAUGUUUAAAGUGACGCAAGAUUAUGAAUCAGCUUUGAAACAUUUGCAACUGGCCUUAGUUGAUAAUAGUCCUUGCACCACACAUAAAAAUAAGAUUAAGUUUCACAUAGCUCACCUAUACGAAGUGCAAGGAAAAGUGAAGUUAGCUAAGGAGAAGUAUGAGCUAUUGCUACGCGAAAAGGAAAUAAGCAACCCAUUGCGCGCCGAGAUUUACAGACAGCUAGGAUGGCUGUAUCACUGUUAUGAUAUAUUAGGCGAGAAGCAGCAGCGCAUUCAUUCGGCCAUAAACUGCCUUCAACAAGCGAUUACUGCCGAGUCGUGUUCAGGGCAAACCCUAUAUUUGCUGGGACGCUGUUACGCUAGCGUAGGGAAGGUACAUGACGCGUUUAUAGCAUAUAGAAAGUCAGUUGAAAAGUCCGAAGGGAACGCGGACACGUGGUGCUCCAUUGGAGUACUUUACCAGCAGCAGAGCCAGCCUAUGGACGCAUUACAAGCGUACAUAUGUGCAGUACAAUUAGAUAAGUGCCAUUCGGCCGCUUGGGCAAAUUUGGGAAUUUUGUACGAAAGCUGCGGCCAGGCUCGGGAUGCUUACGCCUGUUAUUUGAAUUCGAAUCGCGGCGUUGGUAAUCGCGGAACCGUCGAGGACAAUAGCAUCCAUCCGAAAUCGCCACGAACUCCACUACCUCCCGUAGGAAUGAACCCGAACCUCACCCAGAGGAUCAAUUUUCUCCAAACUCAUCUCUCAAACGGACCAAUGCCGAGCAUCACCAACCCGCGAAGGCAAUUAUUGUCGAUAGAAGAAGCGUGGAACCUCCCUAUAUCCGCAGAAAUGUCUUCGCGUCAGCAGCAGCAGAGCGGCGCCAACCAGCAAAACCGAUCCGGCGCCCAGUCCUUCCAGAAAGCCUAUAACCAAACGACACCUCAGGGACCGCCGCCGCCUUAUCCAUCGCCGGGUGGUCCCAAUAAGCGAUUUAAGACCGAAACCACAGAGGCGAAUAAAUCACCUGUUCCGCAGACUCCAUCCUUUUAUCUGAGCCAGCAGCAGCAGCAACUCCUACAUUUUCUGCAGCAACAAAAUCCGAAUGCACUCAGUCAGCCUCAGCAGAAUAUGCUGCAGCAACUGCAGCAGCAAUACAGACACAUGCAACAGCAUCAACAGCUUAAUCGCAACCGGCCACCGGGGCCGCCCGUGGCUGCAUCCAACACAUCGUCACGUCCCAGUCAGAUAGUCCCAUACAAUGGAACUAGCUUUAAUAAUAAUCAAUCAACAAAUGGCACCUCGGCGAACCCACCGAAGCUGUUGCAACCAGCCAUCAACGUAGGACCAGCCAUGUCCAACGAACUCGACGUGAGUGAGGAAGAUUUACAGAAUAUUCUAUCACAAAAGGACAUUGCUACCACGUUGGCUGAAAAACUGCUGAAACACUUUGGCUCAGAAAUCGACAUCAAAGACGAAACACCAAUAGAAGCUACGCCGAAAGUCGAGGACACCAAAGAGAAAAAACUAAAAUCGCCUACUCAAGAAAUAUUGACGGUCAAGAACGAGCUGCCAUGGGAGAUGGAACCGUUAAAUGCGUCUCGGAAAUGCUCCGAGGCGGAAUUCAAGAUCAACAUGAGUGCUAAAACCAUCCUCGAUAUGUGCAAGGGCGAGGGCAUCAAAGGGGAAAUCAGUAAUUCUCUGAUAUCUGACAACGCGCCGCCGCCGGCACCGUUGGAUCCGCCGACGACCAUAUUGAAUCAUCAGCAAUUAAUCCCACCGACGCCGUCUGUUUACCUGGACAACAAGAAACAUGCGUUUAGUCCCCAGUUGCAGGAAUUCUGUCUGAAGCAUCCAAUCGCCGUCGUCAGGGGAUUAGCGUCUGCCCUUAAAUUAGACCUAGGUCUGUUCUCUACGAAAACACUGGUGGAAGCGAAUCCCGAUCACAGCGUCGAAGUGCGCACACAGUACCAACAGCCGUCGGACGAGAAUUGGGAUCCACAGUCGGGUCGUAAAGUUUGGUCGUGUAUAUCGCAUCGAUCGCACACUACAAUUGCCCGCUAUGCCCAAUAUCAAGCAUCCAGUUUCAAAGAUAGCCUGAAGGAGGAGCGCGAUAAAACAUCGGGCCCCAGCUACAGUUUAUCGGACUCGGAUUCUAAGGAUUCCAGCGGUUUCGUGAGACGAAAGAAAGGAAAUAUCCCGGCGCCGCCAUCGAACAAUGCGAAAAACGUAAACUCGCCGAAAACGUUAAAAUUCGGGACAAACGUGGAUCUCUCCGACGAAAGGAAAUGGCGACCACAACUACAGGAGUUGAUGAAGCUGCCAGCGUUCGCCAGGGUUGUUUCAGCUGGAAAUAUGCUUUCACAUGUAGGCCAUGUAAUUCUUGGCAUGAAUACCGUCCAACUCUACAUGAAAGUGCCUGGUAGUCGAACACCCGGGCAUCAGGAGAACAACAACUUCUGUUCGAUCAAUAUCAACAUUGGUCCUGGGGACUGCGAGUGGUUUGCGGUGCCAGACGCAUAUUGGGGUGCGAUCUGCGCACUCUGCGAGAAGAACCAGAUCAAUUACCUGCACGGUUCAUGGUGGCCAGUAUUGGACGAUCUCUAUAAGAACAACAUACCCGUCUACCGGUUCAUGCAGAGGCCCGGCGACCUCGUCUGGGUCAACGCUGGAUGCGUCCACUGGGUACAAGCCGUGGGCUGGUGUAACAACAUCGCUUGGAACGUAGGCCCUCUCACCGCCCGCCAAUACCAACUGGCCAUCGAACGUUAUGAGUGGAAUAAGCUGCAGAGUUACAAAUCUAUAGUGCCCAUGUUACAUUUAUCGUGGAAUUUGGCUAGGAAUAUUAAGGUUUCGGAUCCAAAACUUUUUGCAUCUAUAAAAAACUGCCUGAUGCGGACAUUGAGACAGUGUUCUAUGAUCUUGGAAUUCGUGAGGCAUAAGUUGGUGGAUGUGAAAUUCCACGGCCGCGGCAAGAACGAGGCGUCGCAUUACUGUGGGCAGUGCGAGAUCGAGGUGUUUAACAUUCUGUUCAUAAGGGAGCAAGAGAAGAGACACGUCGUGCACUGCAUGGAAUGCGCCAAGAAACAGUCACCGAAUCUAGAUGGGUUUGUAUGCCUGGAGGAAUACAGCAUGAGUGAACUGAUGGACGUCUAUGACAAUUUCAUCCUACAUCCAGUCGUAAGUGCAAAUCCGGAAAUGUACCACCGUCUACCUUCGUAAAUCUAUUUUUACACGAUUCAAAAUUUUUAAGUAAAACGAAAUUAACGAAAAAAAGAUAAAUA